GUAGGACAACUCCAUCAGUUUUGGCAGUGUGCCAAAAUUUCUACUUCCUACCGGUAGUAAACUCUUUCAGACACCCGGCGAAUAAAAUGCAGAAUAUCUUUUUUGUUUAUGUUUCGUGUAAUUAUGCUAUUGGAAGCUUGGAUGGCAGAUAUUCGUAUUUCUCGAGAAAGAAGUAAAUGAGCAUGUUUCGUACAACACGUCACUUUGAGGGAUUGAAUGAAAAUUGUUAUGAAUACUUUAGAAUUUAAAUAUAUAAAAAUACGUGUGUUCUUCUUUAGUUGAUGUUUUAGUUUUCAGAUUAGAACAAAGAUUUGAAGACUGAUAUAGGCUGUCUUCGCGAAGUUAAUAAUGAACAUUUUAAUGGAGUUUUAGAAAACAGUUUAUGUUAAAACUUUAUAAAAUUGGUUCAAUAAAAGUGAUGAAAAGUGAAGAAAAUAUUUAGACACUAGUCUACAAUGAUCAUUUCAGAUGUUUUAUUUGGAUUCCUUGUAUUUAUUUAUUUUAAAGUUACAGCAUCAGAAUUACCACCUAUAAAUAUGGAUAGUUUGGGAAGCUUACCUUCGUUUAAAGAUAAAACAGUGUCAUCCUGUAGUGUAUGCAGAAAUCUUGCAAUAUCAUUUCUAAAGGCAGUUGAUGAAACUACUAGACAAAGUUUUGCAGGAGGUGAUGCUGAUUGGGAAAGAGAAAAACUUGGUGCUUAUGAAAAUAGUGAAUUACGGUUUAUUGAAAUUCAAGAAAAGUUAUGCAGUGAUAUUACAUCAGGAAAAGACCAGUGCUAUAAUCUUGCUGAACUGCAUGAAGAAGUACUAGAAGACUGGUUUUAUAAAAAAAGAGCACAAAAUCUUGAUUUAUUCCAAUAUUUAUGUAUAAAUGAGUUAAAAUUUUGCUGCCCUAAUAAUACAUAUGGGCCGAAUUGCAUUCCAUGUCCUGGAGGUGUUGAAGAACCUUGUGGUGGUCAUGGCAGAUGUAUGAAUGGUGGAACAAGAGAACAACCUGGAAAUUGCAUUUGUAAUACUGGAUAUACUGGAGUUCUUUGUGAUGAAUGUAAGCAUGGAUAUUACCAAGAUAAAAGCAGUUCUUCAUUUUCUUGCAAGAUGUGUGAUAAAGCUUGUAAAGAUUAUUGUAGAGGACCAGGGCCAAAAAAUUGUGAAGUUUGCUCCGAUGGAUAUUAUUUUCAUGAAGAUGAAGGUUGCAUAAGUGAAUUUGAUUUGAAUUCAUCAAAGGCAACUGGAGACUCGUUAAAUGAUACGGAGAAUACAAAAAUCGGAUUAGAUGGCCGAAAAGAGGAUGUUGUACCUACUGCAACACAAUCUGAACAUUCAGAAUUAUAGUAGUAUUCCUUAGAUUUAAGGAAAUAAUCUGUAAAUAUAUUUUGUUAUAAAAAAAUUUUUUUUUAUCGCC